ACCGCUUGCAAGGCAGAACCCGACUGAGUAAACAGCUUCAUACCACGGCAUAUCUUGCUGAAAUUCAACGGGGAAGCUAUCUACCGGCGAUAUUUCUCAUAUAAUAGCAAGACAAGCUCUUCUGAGCUACCAAAAGGGGCAAAAUGGCGAUGAAUCUCGACCUCCAAAAUGCUGCUGUUAUGAAAGAUGAGCAAGGGCGGCCUUUCAUUGUGGUCAGAGAUCAAGGCAAGAAGAAGCGUCAGUAUGGCAACGAAGCCGUGAAGUCGCAUAUCCUUGCCGCCCGAACUGUUGCCAACAUUGUCAAGACCUCCUUGGGUCCCCGUGGCCUCGACAAGAUCCUAAUAUCACCCGAUGGCGACAUCACCGUUACCAACGAUGGAGCCACUAUUCUACAACAAAUGGAGAUUUCCAACCACGUAGCCAAAUUACUUGUCGAACUUUCCAAAUCCCAGGAUGACGAGAUCGGUGAUGGAACUACCGGUGUCGUCGUCUUAGCCGGUGCUCUCUUGGAACAGGCCGCCGAGCUAAUAGAUAAAGGCAUUCACCCUAUCCGAAUAGCAGAUGGUUACGACCAGGCUUGCGAUAUUGCAGUGGCGGAGCUAGAUCGGAUAUCAGACACCAUCGAGUUCAAUAAGGAGAAUACAGAGAACCUUCUUAAGGUUGCACGGACAAGUUUGGGAAGCAAGAUCGUGUCCAAAGCACACGACCAGUUCGCCAAAAUCGCCGUCGACGCCGUUUUAUCCGUUGCCGAUCUCGAGCGAAAAGAUGUCGACUUCGAGUUGAUCAAGGUAGAUGGUAAGGUCGGCGGUGCAUUAGAAGACACUAUUCUGGUAAAGGGUGUGAUAGUCGACAAGGACUUCUCGCAUCCCCAAAUGCCGUCCGAAGUCAAAGAUGCCAAGAUCGCCAUCCUCACAUGCGCGUUUGAGCCGCCAAAGCCGAAGACUAAGCAUAAGUUGGAGAUUACCUCAGUCGAGGAAUUCAAGAAGCUACAGAGCUACGAACGGGAAAAGUUCAUCGAGAUGAUUCAGCAGAUUAAGGACACCGGUGCAAACUUAGCUAUUUGCCAAUGGGGUUUUGAUGACGAGGCAAACCACCUGCUACUACAAAACGAGCUACCAGCCGUACGAUGGGUAGGCGGUCCCGAGAUCGAACUUAUCGCUAUUGCCACGAACGGUAGAAUAGUACCUCGAUUUGAGGAUCUGAAGGCUGAGAAGCUUGGAAGAGCCGGUAUCGUACGAGAGAUGACAUUCGGCACUACGCGGGAGAAGAUGCUCGUUAUUGAAGAGUGCGCUAACACAAGGGCCGUGACGGUGUUUGUCAGGGGAAGUAACAAGAUGAUCAUCGAUGAGGCCCGUCGAUCACUCCACGACGCCCUAUGCGUCGUCCGUAAUUUAGUACGCGACAACCGCGUAGUGUACGGUGGCGGUGCGGCCGAAAUCGCCUGUUCGCUCGCUGUCGAAGAUGCGGCCGUCAAGACCCCAGGUCUGGAGCAGUACGCCAUGCGUGCCUUUGCCGAGGCUCUAGAUGCCGUCCCCAUGGCUCUUGCCGAGAACAGCGGUCUCAACCCCAUCGCUACCCUCGCUGAGGUCAAGUCGCAGCAAGUCAAGGCAGGUGAUGCCGGUCGUGGCAGGCUAGGCGUCGACUGCAUGAGCGGCGGCAGCAACGACAUGAAACAGGCCUUCGUCAUCGACCCCCUGAUCGGUAAGAGGCAGCAGCUCAUGCUGGCUACUCAGUUAUGCCGCAUGGUGCUUAAGGUCAAUAAUGUUAUCGUUAGCGGAUCGGGAGAUCAGGACUUCUAGACGGGCUAAGUUAUCUACGUCUCGCGAUGAGAUACGUAUGUAGAUGGAUAGACGGACUUCGAUGUAAGGACAGUCAAAAACGUCAAGAUACCUCUCCUGCAAUAGACCCCUGAGAUAAGGAAAAAAUUCAUCGCAUGAAGAUCACUAUUAGUACCUACUACUUCAUUGGAACGGAAUUGAAAAAAGUGACGAAUGUACUAUUACUACGGUAUCGGAGUCUUCCCUAAAUAUCCCCUAAUCUGACUACCUAUAUAGGUAACUUACGCAGGUGGGGAUGCCUGUUGUGUAACGUAGG